CCUUUUUUGUUAAUUGGACUAAAACUUUAGCAAUGCGGGACGAAACUAAUUCUAUGCAUUUAUAUCAUGUGACUCUUCAACAACCUACAGCAAUAACGUCUGCUGUACAGGGAAACUUUAGUGCUGCUAGAGUACAUGAAAUUGUUGUUGCGCGUGGUCGCGUAUUAGAAUUACUCCGUUGGGAAGACAAAAGUGAAUUACGUUCUGUUUGGAGUUCGGAUGUAUUUGGAUUAGUACGCUCCAUUGCAACUUUUCGAUUAACUGGUAGUUCUAAAGAUUAUCUAGUCGUUGGUUCUGAUAGUGGAAGAAUUGUAAUUUUGCAAUUUAAUUUGAACAAUAAUCGCUUUGAAAAAGUCCAUCAAGAAACAUAUGGAAAAUCAGGUGUCCGUCGUAUUGUUCCUGGUCAAUAUUUAGCUGCCGAUCCGAAGGGUCGCGCUAUAAUGAUUGGUGCUAUAGAACGUUCUAAAUUUGUUUAUGUGAUGAAUCGUGAUGCAUCAAACAACUUGACAAUAAGCUCUCCUUUGGAAGCGCAUAAAAGUCAUCAAAUCUGUUUUGGUAUCACUGGUGUUGAUGUCGGUUUUGAAAAUCCAGUUUUCGCGUCGAUCGAACAAUCUUAUGAAAGUGUUGAUAAGGUGAAUACAAAAAAACCCUCUCACGAUCCAUCAAGUUUGCCUAGACCCCCAAAAGGUUUAUCUUUUUGGGAGAUGGAUUUGGGUUUAAAUCAUGUUAUUAAAAAGUGCACGUUGCCCUGCGAUGACACUGCUCAUAUGAUUAUCCCAGUUCCGGGUGGUUCGUGGGCUCACGAAGGUCCUAGUGGAGUGAUCGUUUGUUGUGCGAAUUAUCUUGUGUAUAAACGCCCAGAUCAUCCAGACGUUUCUUGCGCAAUACCACGUCGCUUAGAAAUGCCACAAGAUGCAAAAAUGUUUGUAUCUUGCUAUGCUGUUCACCGAUUACGAGGGUUCUUUUUUUUUUUGAUUCAAAGUGAUUAUGGGGAUAUAUAUAAGAUUGAAAUGCAUCAUGAAAAACAAGGAGAAAAAAGAAUUGUUACGGAAAUUUUAUGUCGCUAUUUGGACUCGGUUCCAGUUGCAACAUCUAUGUGUGUUUUAAGGUCAGGAUACCUUUUUGUCGCAUCCGAAUUCGGCAACCAUAAUCUUUAUCAGUUUACCGGUAUAGGUGAUGAUAAAACGGAUCCUAUUUGUUCCUCACUCCAUCCGAAUGGUAGUGAAUGCAUCGUUGCGUUCAAGUCAAGAAAACUAAGAAAUUUAACGUUGGCUACUCAGCUUAGCAGUUUAAGUCCUAUAACUGAUAUGAAAAUAUUAGAUGCUUUAAACGAAGGCCAUUCUCAAAUUUUUCUUGGAUGUGGAAAAGGGCCUUGUUCCGUAUUAAAAACGUUAAAAUAUGGAGCAUCUGUUGAGGAGCUUGCCGAUAAUCAGCUUCCUGGAACUCCUUUGGCCGUUUGGACAUUAAGAAAUUCGUUAACAGCGGAGCAUGACAACCUUAUUGUUGUUAGCUUCAGUAAUUCAACACUCGUUUUAUCUAUUGAAGACACCGUUUCUGAAGUGACGGAAACCAAUUUUUUACGUAACACUGCAACAUUACAUGUCGCUUUAUUAGAGGAUAAUUCGCAUGUUCAGGUUCAUCAAAAUGGAAUACGACAUCUUCAAACACAAGGUCGCGUAGCUGAGUGGCGACCUCUUUCAGGAACGCGCAUAGUAGCAGCUUCGUCAAAUCGUCGUCAAGUUUGUGUUUCUUUAAGUUGGGGUGAAAUCGUUUCGUUUGAACUGGAUGCAUCGAAUAUUUUGACUGAAGUAUGUCGAAAGACACUUGGACAUGAAGUCAAUGCCUUAUCAGUCCAACCAAUCCCUCUUGAUAGAGCCCGUGCUCAAUUUGUGGCGGUCAGUGGUUUAGAUAAUUCUGUUCGCUUACUUUCGCUUGAUCCUGAAAUGGAGCUACGUCAACUGGCUUUAUCAGUGGUUCCAGAUAAUGUACACGCAGAAUCAGUCUGCUUACUUUACGUUUGUCAUAAGUCUCCACAAAAUACCGACGAGAAUAAAACCAUGUCGAUUAAUUGCUCUAUGGAGCAACUGUUUUUAUUUGUCGGCCUCGAAACUGGUGUACUUUUAAGAAUGAAUGUGGACAGAGUUACUGGGGAGUUAAGUGAUCAAAGGUCACGUUUUCUAGGGCCGGUAGGAGUACGUCUACAGCGAGUAUCACUUGGUAAUUCUUCCUCAAUCGGCUGCUCCGAUGCUAUAGCAGUUUUGUCAAUCCGUCCAUGGUUGUGUUACUAUACAGCACAGUGUCGAUUAGAAUGCGUUCCUAUGCAUUAUACUAAACUUCAGUUUGUAUCAUCUUUUUCAUCACCGCAAUGUCCAGACGGUUUUGUAGCCAUUGCAGCACAAAAUUUAAAGAUAUUUCAAAUUGGAAAUUUAAAUGGAACCUUCUCGCAGAUUACAAUACCGUUAACAUACACACCUCGGAAGCUUUGUGUCUUGCCACCUCCAGCACCUCAAGUGGAUGCUUUAAUAUCGACAAAUUUCGGAUUGCCUCCACCGUCCAAUCUUAUACCACCAACACAAGCUGUUAUCGCUGUUGUGGAAGCUGAUCAUGAUGUCUAUGAUGAAGCUACUAGAAAAGAAAUAGCUCAUGCAUUACAUCGAAUAAAAAUAGAUGGUGUAGAAAAUAAUGAAGAAUCGGACGAUAUGGAAAUUAAAGAAGAUGCACGUGACGAUGGUAUGGAUGAUUCGCCUAUAGAUGACGAUGAGCUGUUGCAAGAAACCGAGACGGGUACAUUUCGAGCAGGGCCAGGAAAGUGGGGUUCUUGUAUUAGAGUUAUUAAUCCAGCAACGGCCCAAACAAUAUGUAAAUUAGCUCUAGACGUCGAUGAAGCAGCUUUGUGUUGUGUUGUAUGUCGUUUCUGGGAGUUUGAUUCUCCGUGCCUUGUUGUGGGCACCACAUAUAACUUAACUUUACGGCCACGUAAAUGCCCAAUGGCUACAAUCAAAGUUUACGCGUACAAUAGCGACUAUAAUUUAACACUAUUACACUCGACACCUGUUGAAGCUCAGCCAUUAGCACUGUGCGCGUGGGAUGGUCGUUUAAUCGUAUCACUUGGAAAGAAGUUAAGAAUUUACGCCUUAGGACGUAAACGUUUGCUAAAGAAGUGUGAAUAUCGUACUAUCCCUGAAGGUGUAAUAUGGCUUCGUGUGGUAAAAGAUAGAAUUUAUGCAGGAGAUAUUCGUGAUGGUUUUAUGAUUUUAAAAUACAAGGCUGCCGAAAAUCAGCUUCAAGUAGUAGCAGAGGAGUAUCAUCCACAUUGGCUUUCUUGCGGAGAAGUUUUGGAUUAUCAUACAGUUGUCGGAGGAGACAAGUUUGAUUCAAUUAAUGUUUUACGAGUUGCAAUUUCCUCAAAGGAUAUGGAAGCAUCUAGUGUUGGGGGAAAUUCGACUUUGCGGCUUCGUGGAGAUACUGCUUACUUAGUAGCUGAAUGUCCUAAGUUUGAAUCCGUAGCAAGCUUUCAUUUAGGUGAAACACCUACCGCAAUCCAAAAAGCUACGCUUACGCCUGGUGGUUCAGAAUCCUUAGUCUACACAACUAUCAUGGGUUCCAUCGGCACAUUUCUACCUUUGCUUACAAAAAACGAAGUGGAUUUUCUAGAACAUUUAGAAAUGGCUAUGCGCAUAGCAGCUCCUCCCUUGUGUGGUCGAGAACAUAUGGUUUUUAGAUCCUACUAUACUCCUUGCAAGGGUGUGAUAGAUGGAGAUUUAUGUGAAAUGUUUCAAACUUUACCUUAUUCUAUGCAAAAACAAGUGAGUGAAGAACUAUCAAAAAAUCCUUUGGAUAUACUCAAAAAAUUGGAGGAACUUCGGAACCGCGUUUUAUAAUACGUG